AUGAAAGAUCUUGACACCAAUAUAGUCCACUAUUGGCUAGUUGGCCACCCAAUUAUUAGUCAAUUUGAGUUUAAGCAUGGACAAACUUUUGGUGCCACUUUGUUAUUUCCAAUAUUAUCGAUCUUAAUUUACUUGUCUUUCACUCUACUAUCUCUCCGUUUUCCAUCACUCCUUCCCAUCGUUUCCACCGCCACCCUCCGUUGUGUCACCGCCACCCACAGCCUCGUCCUUUGUAUCCUCUCGCUUAUCAUGGUCGUUGGAUGCGGUGUCUCAGUCAUCCACGAGAUGGCCGCCAACGUCCACGAUUGGAAUUGGAUCAUCUGUUAUAAUAGAUUAAAUUACGAAAAUGCCCUUCUUCAAGGACCCAUUGUUUUUUGGAGCUACGUGUUUUAUCUUUCCAAGAUUCUUGAAUUUUUAGACACCCUUUUGAUCCUACUAAGUAGGUCGAGAUCUCGACGACUCUCGUUCCUCCACGUGUACCACCAUGCAUUGGUGCCACUCUUUUGUUAUUUUGGUGUUGCAACUGGGCAAUCCAUGUGGCAUGUUGGGGUGAUCACUAAUGCUUCGGUUCAUGUACUAAUGUAUGCUUAUUAUUUCUUAUUUGCUAUUGGAAAAAGGCCAAGGUGGAAGAAAUUGGUGACUAAUAUACAAAUUGGUCAGUUCAUGUUUUGUUUUGUGUGUUUUGGGGCAGUGAUAUAUUAUCACUUCACAAGUGAGUUUGGGUGCUCUGGAAUUGAUGUUUGGUUCUACACUUUCUGUUUUAAUGUUUCACUUUUAGCACUUUUUCUCAACUUUCACUUCAAGACCUAUGCCAAGAAAACAUCAUGAAGA